AUGUCGUCGCAAAACCUUCCUCAUAUGGAAUUCUGCAGCUACGUCGAGGCCCUUGAAGCCGAUGGCGAUCUUCAGCGCUUCGGUAGACUUGCCAGACAUCUUGGACUUCCCAUUGGCUCAUCCAUCAAAGACAUACUGGAUAAGAUGGUUGAUGUCAAGACAUCGACUCCUAUCCCACCCACGAUUGUUGAGUCCGGUUCUUGCAAGGAACAUAUCUUGACACCUGACCAAUUCGACGUUACAAAGCUCCCUGCGCCGCUUCUGCACCAGUCGGAUGGUGGGAAUUAUGUUCAAACUUACGGCAUGCACAUUGCUCGAUCGCCGGAUGGAAAGUGGACAAACUGGUCCAUUGCCUGUGCUAUGGUUCAUGACCGAAACCACCUUGUCGGUCUUGUCAUCAAGCCACAACACAUCUGGCAGAUGCACCAGCUUUGGAAAAAGGAAGGACGCGACAUGCCUUGGACUCUUGCCUUUGGCGUCCCACCAGCUGCUGUCAUGGUAUCUAGUAUGCUACUUCCGAAUGGCUUUUUUGAAGCUGAGUACAUUGGCUCGCUCGUAGCAUCUUCUCUUGAAGGACUGGACCUGAAGGUCCCUUUGGAGAGAUGCAUGGGCUAUGUGUUUCCCGGAGACACACACCAGUGGCCCAAGUACACGGUCGAUCUUAUCACACAUCGCAAAGACGCUAUCCUGCCUGUGUUCAACUGUGGUAGACUGACCAACGAGACUUUUACUAUGAUCGGGCCUCUUGCUGCUGCAGAGAUUGGAUUCCUUCUCAGGUCUCAGGGCUUGCCAAUCAAGGAAGCUUACUCUCCAUUUGAGUCUCAAGUUACAUGA